AUGACACUACACAUGAACGACGCUCAAUCAUUCCUAGAUAAAAUAAGUGAUGCUUAUUACCCGGGUUCAAAAUAUCCACUAGCUAAUAUCCCAAAACACAAUUCAUUUGGGUUGUGCGAAAUAGCCAACAAACUAUCUGUGCCCAUAUCGAUUAACCAUUUGAAAACAAAAAGUUAUAUAAUAAUUAUUGCCACCGAAUCCGUAUUCAAAUGCAUUACGAAUUAUUUGUGCAAGGAACAAGUUUUCCUCAUUACAGAAUCUAAUAUACACACCAAAGACAAUGCUCAAUCUUCUUGCAUAUAUUUAAUACAUUAUAGGCACACUAAGAAAUCGCAAAAUAUGAAUAAUCUUACAACUAAAUUGAUAUAUAGUGAAUCUCAAUUUACUAACCUGGUCGAUAUUAUAAAUAUACCUAUUAAUGCGGUUGAUAAUGACAAUGAAGACCUAUUUGACAUAUUACUAAACUCUUCUCAUAUUUUUGUAUAUUAUUUACCGUCAUAUGGAAAUCAAUUCAUAGAUUGCAUUGCCAAGAUUACCAAAUUCAACAUAUCAAUUGGUAUAUACACUUCCAUGAAUGACCUUAAUUACGUCGUAAAUGUUAUGAAAAAUCAAUCUCUAAACGACAAAGUCAAAUUUAUCAAGCCUUUAACACUCCCCUCGGAAUUAGAAUUAGUCGAAUAUCUAUUAGAUCACGUAGGGGAUGAAGGUUUCAGAAAAUUUUAUAAAAACUUAUUCGAAGUUGAGAUCAAUAUCAAUGGUCACAACAUGAGCGACAUGAUAUCUGAAAUUGACACUAUAAUGAAGAAUAAAUGCAUUAGAUGCUAUAACAAAUUAGAAAAUGACAUAAAGUUACUAAGGAGUCCUCACAAUAAUAUGGAGUUAUAUAAGAAGAAGAUAGAAUUUGGUGUUAUUGGUACGAUCAUUUUGUUGUCAAUACUUUGUAAAUCAUUGAAUAACAGUGAAAUAACACUUUCAAGGUUGUUGUCACAUCUAGUAGACAAUGUGGUAUUCAAAAUAAUAUACUACAUUGCAUUGUGUUAUUUGUUAAUGCUAUGUGCGCAAUAUACGGAUAGGGAUUUUUUUAGGCAAAAUGAGGUGUCUAUUAGCAAUUACUUAGACACAUCAGAAUUGACAUUGAAAAAUCUCAAAGAAAACUAUAGCUUCAUUUGA